AUGCCUCCAUUUGUAAAUUUGUUUUUGGAAACAGUUGCUGCACAGAAUGAGUCUCUUUUUUUUCCGUUACUUGAUAUUAUAUCGAAAGAAAAACACAUGAUAUUGUCAAAAUUGAAUUUUGAUAAUUAUAACUAUUUACGUAAUUUGGUUUACGAUUAUAAAAUUAUGAGGGAUAAUAUAUCAUUGUCAAUUUUAGAUUAUGCACUAGCACUUCAUUCAUCUGCACCAAAAAUACAAGCAUAUUACAAUUAUUAUAAUGAUGUUGUAGUUUCAGAAAUGAUUAGUAGGAACUUUACUUCAGAGUGUAAAAAUUGGAUUUUGUUUAAUGGAAGACAGUAUUGUGAUAUCGAUAAGUUUUUAGAAUCAAAGGAUAUUAAGGGUGAAAAUUUUAAACCAGUAACAUUGUUAUCGUUUGAUCAUAUAUUUGAUAACAAUAAGAAUGGUGAUUCUCCUCUAGCUAUUUUAUAUGCAGAUUUGAGUUCUAAUAAUUAUAUAACUUAUCACUCUUUUUUAUACGAAAAAGCUAAAUUAGGGGAUUUGAAAUAUGUUUUUCGUUACAAACCUGAAGAUUUUAAUUCAAAUGACUCUUUAUAUUUAAGCGGAUAUGGUGUUGAAGCUUCUUUAAAAAAAACUGAUUAUUUGGUUAUGGAUGAUAGGAAAAUUAUUGAAGAUGUACAUGAAAAAAUGCCUUCUCAAAGUUAUUCUUCUGAAGUUAAUUCAAGUUUUUUUUUUUCUAAUAUUCAGGAUAAUGAGAUUAAAUCAUUAACAAAUACGGAAUUGAAAGAAUUAGGUUUCUCAAUUACGCAAUUUGUUAUGGAGAGUAAAACUCCGCUAGAAACUCUUAAUUAUAUUCUUCAGGAUUUUCCAAAGUAUGCUUCUUAUUUAUCAACUAUAAAAAUAAAUAAAAAGACGUUGAAAAAGUUAACAUUAAAUUAUAAAUAUCUCAAUCCUGGAGAGACGGUGUUUUCUAUUAAUGGGCUUAAAAUUAAACUAGAUAAGAUUAAUGGAUUUUCUUUGUUAAAAUAUUUAAGAAAAGAAUAUGAUUUAAUUUCAUCUUUACAAAAUUUGGGAUUGUCUUUAGAAAAAGCAAAAUCUUUAAUAACUGAUAAAGCUAUUUCUGAGCUAUUUAAUAUGUUUUUAAAUAUUCGUUUUGAUUUUCGUGAUAGUUAUGAUGAUGGGAAUGUUAUUUUAUGGUUAAAUGAUAUUGAAAAUGACCCUACUUAUAUGCAUUUUUCUCAAGAUAUUUAUCAAUAUCUUGAUGAGCUUCCUAAUGGAGAAUUGCAUAUGAUACGACGUAAUUUGCACCAUGUAAUUAUACCUUUAGAUUUUUCAAAAAAAUUCGAUAUGAUUUUUUUCAGAGAUAUAUUUUUUUUCAUUCAAAGACUUUUUCCAAUCAGGUUUGGAAUUUUACCUGUAUGGCAGGAUCCGAAAGAUAUUUUUUUGGUUAAAAUUUUUUACCAUUUAUUUAGUACUUAUGGAAUUAAUUCUGCGAUUGAAUAUAUAUUAUAUUUGGAUCCGGAUUCUCGACAUAAUGAAACUAUUUUGUCUAGAAAUUAUAAUUUUAUUUUAUUUAAGUAUGAACAGGAUAUUGAAAUAGAAGAUUUAGACAUUAAUAAUAUUAUAAAGUCUAAAAAAAUUGAACAAUAUAUAUUAAAAACAAAAGAAUGGUCUUUAAGACUUGGUAUAGAAAAUGAUGAUUUUUUAAUUGUAAAUGGGAAGUUUUUAGAAAAAAAACAGGUAUAUAUAUGCACUAGGUUUUUAUUUUUUUUAUUUACUACUAAAUUAGUCUUAACUAUUCAGAUUGUUGAAAAAUCACUUAAUAAUAACGUGAAUAUUCUCGAUUAUCUUUUGGAAGAUGCUGUUUAUAGGCGCGAUUCUUAUGUACAUCCUAUGGGUAAAAUAAUUAAAUCUCUAAAGUUAAAUGAUUAUAUCUUUAAUCAACAAAACAUAAGAUUCUCUUCCAUUAACGAAAAUUUAAAUACUGAAUUAAGUUUUUGGUUAAUUGCUGAUUUUGAUACAAAAAAAGGUCUUGAAUUUGCUAAAUUUGCAUUGGAGUAUAUGAUAGAGCAUCCAUACACUAGUUUAAGAUUUUUACAUAAUCCUAAACUUAGUAAUAAAAAUAAUUUCGAUUAUUUUUCAUCAUUUCUUUUUCUUUUAAGUGAAAAAAAUAUUGAUGUUACUGAGUCUGUAUUGAAUUAUAUUCAAAAAUUAUUAAAUAGUUACGAUUCUGAUGGUAUUAUUAAUAGAGAAAUAGAAUAUCCUUAUUUUAUUUUGAAUAUUUAUAAUUCUACUGAAUUAUUAUUAAAUUCUGUAAAAGCUAAAUUAUAUUGGGAAAAAAUGAAAGAUCAAUUGGAUAAACUUGAAUUUUCUCCAGGUGAAUUUGGAUUAUUAGCAAAUGGUCAUGUUAUUGGACCAUUCCCUGAAUCGUAUGAUUCACUAUUUGAUAGUUUUAAGUUAUUGGGAGAUUUUCAUAAUUUUUCAAUUAUAUCUCAAUUAAAGACUAUUACUGAGAGAUUAGAUAUUAAAAAUUCAAGAUGUAAAAUGUUUUUUCCUGUGUUAUUUUCAAUACUAUUAUCGCAUAUCGUCUUUGAGAAAUAUGAUUUUACUUAUUUUUCACAGUUUGGAAGAGAUAAAAUAUAUACUUUAACUCAAAAGUUAACACCAUCAUUUACGUCUGGAAAUCAAAGAAAUAGCGCAUUUGAAGUUAAAGUCGUAUUAGAUCCUUUAAAUGAGAUAUCUCAGAAACUUGUACCCGUUUUAAAAGUUUUAGAGCAAAUGGAGGGUGUAUAUAUAGAAGUAUAUUUGAAUCCACUACAGAAAAUCUCUAAACUGUCUAUUAACCGUUUUUAUCGUUAUGUUUUACAAUCCUCUUUAAAAUUUAAUAUUGACGGUGAUUUAAUUUAUCCAAGUGCAAUUUUUGAACGAUUACCUAUAUCACAUUUAUAUACUAUUGAUUAUGAUUUUCCUGGAUCUUGGAUUGUUACUCAAAAAAGAUCUAUUUAUGAUUUAGACAAUCUUUUAUUAUCUGAUCUUUUUUCAAAAAAAAUUAAAGAAGUUGUGGUUAUUUAUGAACUUAAGUAUAUACUUAUAGAAGGUCAUGCAGAAGAGAUUGGUUUGAAAACUCCUUCUGGUAUUCAACUAGCUCUUAAAACUAAAAAUAAUAUUUUUAUUACUGAUACAAUAGUUAUGAGUAACUUUGGUUAUUUUCAAUUUAAAGCUAAUCCUGGAGUUUUUAAAAUAGACAUAAUAACUAAAGAAAGUAAUGAUAUUCUUAAAAUUUUAAAAAUUUCUGAUAAACUUGGAUCUAAUAAUUUCAAAAAAGAGAUUAUUUUGGAAAGUUUUGAAGGACUAACAAUAUUUCCUACGUUUAUUAGAUAUUCUGGGAAGAAUAGGAUUUUGAAUUUAGAAGAAUUGAAUAAAUUCGAAGACAAUGAUUUUGAGUUAGAAAAUACAACUUUAAAGUUUAUGCAAUCUAAGCAUUCUAGUGGUUCUACAUUUGAUAUCCCUGUUCAAAAGUUUCAUGCAGAAAUUAAUAUUUUCUCUAUAGCAAGUGGUCAUUUAUACGAAAGGUUUUUAUAUAUUAUGAUUUUAAGUGUUCUUAAACAUACAAAACAUACAGUUAAAGUUUGGUUUAUCGAAAAUUUUCUGUCAUCAUCUUUUAAGAAUUUUUUACCUUAUGUCGCAAAUGAAUUUGGAUUUCAAUAUGAACUUAUCACAUAUCGUUGGCCUUAUUGGCUGCGUUCUCAGAAAGAAAAACAAAGACAAAUAUGGGGAUACAAAAUCCUCUUUUUGGAUGUUUUAUUUCCUUUAGAAUUAGACAAUAUUAUAUUUGUUGAUGCUGAUCAGAUUGUUAGAACAGAUUUGAAGGAACUUGUAGAUAUGGAUUUACAGGGUGCACCUUAUGGAUAUACUCCAAUGUGUGAUUCUAGAAAAGAAAUGGAAGAUUAUAGAUUUUGGAAAAAAGGUUAUUGGAAAUCUCAUCUUAAAGGAAAACCUUAUCAUAUAAGUGCUUUAUAUGUAGUAGACCUUAAAAAAUUUCGAGAAAUUGGAGCUGGUGAUAUAUUAAGACAACAUUAUCAAGCCCUCAGUCAGGAUCCAGAAUCUUUGUCUAAUCUUGACCAAGAUUUACCAAAUAAUUUGCAGGAUUUGCUUCCAAUUUUUUCUUUACCACAAAAUUGGCUUUGGUGUAAAACAUGGUGUUCGGAUGAAAGUUUAAAAGAUGCAAAAACUAUAGAUCUAUGCAAUAAUCCAAUGACAAAAGAAUCGAAGUUAGAACGUGCCCGUAACCAGGUUCCUGAAUGGAAUGAAUAUGAUAAAAUAGUAGCGAAUUUAAUUGCACGUAUUUUGGAACAAAGAAAUAAUGAAGCAAGUGAAUCUAGUGUAGACAAUAUUGCAAUAUCUGUUGAUGUAAUGGAGAAUAUACAAUUUAAUUCUGGUGAAGAAAAUAAGAAAAAGAGUAUUCAUGAUGAAUUUUGA